UCGUGUAAAUUGUCAUGUCUGACAGUACCUUUAAAAAAAAGCAUGUAAUCAUGUAUUCUCGCUAGUGAAAAUAUAUUCCGCAGUGAAGACAAGUUGGUGUUGGACUAUAACAAAUAUAAGUAAAAGGACAAAAUGAGCGACUUUCUACGCACUGAACUUGAAAAAGCUCAACAAUGCCUCUUGGAGACGUAUGAAUUAGCUGCUUCCUAUGGAGAUAAUGAGGAAAAGGAUACCAGUAAAUAUUUGCUUUUGAUGGAGCAGAUAUGCCAGAUUAGAGACAAUUGCAUUCGUAAUGAUCGCGCAUUAGAAAUGGCUAUUGCAGAACAUACCAUAGACAGUUUUCAGAUUACGUUUCAGCGAGAAAUAAAGGGACCUGGAAAAAAAUUUCAAGCAAAAAGAACUCGAGAAUAUAAAGCUUUCGCUGAUCGCUUAGACGAAAUAUCCAACAGUGUUAACACGAGUAAAGAGGCGCCAUCAACAUCUAAAGAUGGUGCAUCAAACGAAAUGGAAAUGCAGGUGCAAGUUAACUUAAAUGAUCCACUCACAAAGAGACGUAUGGUGGAUCCUGUAAAGAAUACAAUCUGUGGACAUACCUAUGAAAAAAGCAGUAUACAGGAUGCAAUUCAAAUUAAUCCAAUGCUACGUUGCCCAGUUGCUGGUUGUGGAAAUAAUCAGUAUAUUACUACGGCUCACUUGAAACCAGACAAAGCUUUAAAGCUUCAUCUUCAACGUUUAAUAGAUGCUGAUGAAAACGGUGACAACGAUGACUGACUUGGUUGUAAAAUGGUACAUAUUACACUAUAAAUAAAAAAAUUCCGUUUAUUAAACUUUUUUAUUUUUCCACGAAAA